GGGGGGGAGGCGUCCUGUCCCCGGUGCCAGGGACCCGGGCGGGGAAGGCGCCAGCAGCUGGCGAGGAGGGCGCUCCCGGCCCCUCCCUCGGCCUUGCGCUUCGGGCGCUUGCAGAGGCGGCGGCGACUAAUUCCUCCCCAGGGGGGCCAUGGAGGCGCUGGGCGCAGCGGGGCAGCAGGAGGCAGAAACGGAGGCAGCCAGAGCAGGAUCGGGGCCGGCCGCGGAGGAGCGGGAGGAGGAGAUCGACCUCUCGCUGGAUGACAUCAUAAAGCGCAACCGGAAAGGACAGAUGAACCCAAAGGCACGCGGGAACAGAUGGAGACAGCCACUCAAGAACAGGAAUCCAGCCUAUGGCAAUGGGAGGCCUAGAUUCCGGAGCUGGGCACCGCGAAAUGGGCAAGGACCCAAUAGGUUUCAAGGAGGUUUCCGAAAAUGGCAGUACUACAGGAAGCCAUUUUGGAACAGGGCAAUUGGUCCCAAGCCGAGGGCAGCCAUCCGGCCCAUUGGCAUCAGCCCACUCAAUUGGCCGGCUUCUGCUCAACAGGGCAAGCCGGCUGAAACCACCCUGGCAGGGAGUAGCGAUGGUGCAGCAGCAGCCACCAACACCCAACAGCAGGGGCCUCCCACAAGGGUGAAGCGAUUCAGACCUUUGGGACCUUCUUUGCCGGGGCAAAGGCCUUUCCAACUAAACCGAAGACCGGCUUUCUUGCAGAGACAAUCCCGUUUCAGCUUUAACAGAGGGCAAACAGAAUCAAAUGCAGAAGGAAAACCAUCAAGGAUGAGAAGGUGGCAGCUUCAUCCCAACUCUGGAGCUGUCCUGACCAUCUCUGUGUCUAACCCGCAAGCAAGUCAGAUGAAUGGGCCGGGCUUCAAGCGGCCCUUCCUGAGAGGGAGAAGCACCCCAGUGAAGAUGAGCCACCAUCAGCCCAAAGGGGUGCCCUUGAGGUUCAACUUCCGGGCCAUGGCUAACCAGACUAGCUUGACGUUGGACGAGAGGUUCUCCGGGCUGAGGAACAAAGGCCGCUUCUCAGCACUGAGGAACGCAGGCCGGAUGGUCACUCUGCCGUAGCGUGGCCCGUUUGGUUGAUUCAAGACCAAGGCUGGGAAAGAGCCAGCUCCCGAGACCAGCUGGCUUCCCACUACAGCCUAGGAGGAGGCUAGAAUCACCUCAGCACAGUUAUGGGCCCAUCUAGCCCAGCACCCAUGGAAUUUCUGCGCAAGCUGUGGACUCAGAUGUGGCCUACAGGUCUGGCUGUUCUUCUGGCCUCUCCAGUGUAGACUUCCAGCUGCCAUGCCCCACAGAAGGCCUCAUGUUUCUGUCUCUGGGGGCAAACAGCGUUUGAUGUGUGACCCAUUGAGGUGUGCGCCGGUUUCCUUCUUAGUCUUGUGGAGAUGUGUUGAGAGGAGCUAUGUGGCAAAGAAGGCCCCCGAGAUGCCCUCACCGCAGAAUUCUUUGUCUUCAGACACAACCUGGGCCAUGAGCGGACAGCACCUUAUCCCAGGCACCCUUGCAGCGUCAUGCGCCGCUAUCUCAAGUGCCCCUUGCUCCCCCCGCCUGAUGCAAAGCAGCACAGCACUGGUGGAGUGGAGCAGGCUGCCCACUGCCUAGUCCCUUAUGAACGCUAGCGGAUUUGGGAUUUCUUUCUUUCUUUUUUGUGUGGAAACCACUUUUGCAGAUUUGUCUCGGGGAUUGAGUAGCAGCAAGAGUGAAUAAAACCACUUUUAGGA